GUCCACAGCAGUGUAGCCACAGCUCAGCAGCAGUAUGAAGGUGCUGGUGAUUGCAUCGCUCCUGGUGGCCGCCGUCAGCGCCGGAGGCGGGCACGGAGGCGGGCACGGAGGCGGGCACGGAGGCGGACACGGAGGCGGACACGGAGGCGGGCACGGAGGCGGGCACGGAGGCGGGCACGGAGGUGGCUAUGGCGGCGACCACAGCGUGCCCACCUCCUACAAGUUCUCCUACGGCGUCGACGACCCGCACUACGGCCCCAAGUUCUCCCACAGCGAGAGCAACGACGGCAAGGCGGCCCAGGGCUACUACAGCGUGGCGCUGCCGGACGGCCGCACCCAGCACGUCAAGUACCACUCGGACCAGUACGGCUACGGCGGACACAACGCCGAGGUGACCUACUCGGGAUACGCCUCGCACGGCGGAAAAGGCGGUGGAAACGGUGGAUACGGCGGUGGAAACGGUGGGCACGGCGGUGGACAUGGUGGAAACGGCGGUGGAUACGGUAGUGGACACGGUGGAAACGGCGGUGGAUACGGCGGUGGAUACUAACGCUAGCGAUCACCGUCUUUAAAAUAUCUGCAUGAUGAGCAUCUGCGCUUUAAAUUUGAAAUAUUUUAUAUGGAUGAAUGUCGAAAAGGCAAUAGUGGUGACUUCUUUGAUUGCAUGUUAUGUGUGAAAUAUACAAAAUAAUAAUA